AAUAGCAGUGAUGAGACCCAUCACAGUGCACCUGAGAACCAAUAGCUGAAACAAUGGGUUUCUCUUCUUCCUCGCGGCGCUUAUGCGUAGCUUCGGUGCUACUGGUCUGCCUUUGCAUGUUGUUAUGCAGAGUACACGGAGGAUCAUCUCACGAGAAACACCUUGAAGAAGGGAUAAACACCCUCAUACCAGCGCCAUCAUGUUCGGCUCGAGAUAGCCUAGACAAGGAUUUUCAUCCAAAUUGCUGGGACCAACCAACGAAGACCAGCACGACAAAGAGGCAACCCUCUUCAUACGAGCUCUACAUAGUUUACCUGGGCGAAGUGAAGCAUGAUCACCCCGACCACGUCGUGGCUUCACACCAUGACAUGCUCACCACUCUUCUCGGAAGCAAGGAAGAAUCUAUGGCCUCCGUGGUGUACAACUACAAGCACGGCUUCUCGGGCUUCGCCGCCAUGCUCACACCGGAGCAAGCAAAACAACUUGCAGAGGUUCCGGAGGUCAUCAGCGUCGAAAAGAACAAAAUUCACACGACGGCCACCACGCGAAGUUGGGACUUUCUUGGCCUCAACUACCAGAUGACUGGUACUAGCAAUGGGCUAGUCAAGGGAAGCAACUAUGGAGAGGAUGUAAUCAUCGGGGUGGUUGACACCGGGAUAUGGCCGGAGUCGAGAAGCUUCAACGAUGAAGGGUAUGGGCCAAUACCGUCAAGGUGGAAAGGGAAGUGCCAACUGGGGCCAGACUGGGGCAUCAACAACUGUAGCCGCAAGAUCAUCGGCGCGCGGUUCUACAGCGCCGGAGUGUCUGAUGAGGUCCUCAAGAUAGACACGCUCUCGCCCCGCGACCAUAAUGGCCAUGGCACACACUGUGCGUCCACUGCGGCGGGCUCAAUGGUGGAGGGAGCCAGCUUCAACGGCCUCGCCCAGGGAGUUGCACGGGGAGGCGCGCCACAUGCUCGCAUCGCGGUGUACAAGUCCCUUUGGGGCACGGGCAGAACCAACGAAGGCAGCACGGCGGCAAUUCUCGCCGCUAUCGACGAUGCAAUCCACGAUGGUGUGGACGUACUAUCGUUGUCCCUCACUUCCGAAGAGAACUCAUUCGGUGCUCUUCACGCGGUUCAGAAGGGGAUCACUGUGGUGUAUGCAGGUGGCAACGAAGGGCCCAGGUCGCGGACCAUCAGGAACACUUCACCGUGGGCCAUCACCGUUGGGGCAAGCACGGUUGAUCGGUCGUUCCCCACGGUGAUCACGCUGGGAAACAAGCAACAAAUUGUGGGACAAUCUCUUUAUUACCAAGCGAAGAACUCAUCGGGGAGCAGUUUUACAGGUCUUGUCUUUCCUGACGGGUGUACCAAGGUUGCACUUAAUGGUACUGACAUCAGAGGGUUAAUCCUUGUCUGCUUAAUACAAUUGGGGACUUUGGCACAGGCGUCGCAAUAUGUCCGAGACGGCGGGGGGUAUGGUAUUAUUUUCGCUCAAUAUACGACGAACGAUAUAGGUCCCAUGGCAGAUGCAUGCCAAGGCAUUGCCUGCGUUCUGGUGGACCUUGACACUGCCGAGAAGAUCGGCAAAUACAUGGACGUCACCAGUUGAAUGGAUUGAUCCAUCUUGGCCAGCUACAAUGAAGAAUGCACUGUCCAAGUUGUGGGAUAUGUAUGAAUAGUCCAAGAGAAACAGGACUGAGGACAAUCUGAUGAACUCAUUUGCUGUUCACAAACUGACACAAGAGAAGAUCAAGCUGCAGGCCAGUUAAUUAUGACAAGUUGGUUGGAGAUGUUCAACCCUUUUGGAUGAGAAUGAGAGGAGGGCCUAGAUGGAAAGGAAGCCUGAUGAGAGCAAGCUCCAGGAGAAGUAUGACAUGGUUAAGAACCUGACAGUAUCUCAAGCCAGUGUCAUUAGGAACAUGAAGUUGAAGCUUGCUGGAGAGAAGACUAAGUUGCAGGCCCACAUUGAUGAGCUUGAGAAGGUUAUGGAGCACACCAAUGCCAAUCUGAAUGGGAUCAAGGCAAUCUUAGAUGAAUGAGCCACACUGGGCAGUAAUGGUCAUGGAGUUCAUGGUCAUGUAUGGAUCUCCUUAUUAGUUAUGUAAUGGUCCUGUAUGGAUCUCCCAAUUAUGCUACUUAUUAGUCAUGUAUGGAUCUCCAAAUUAUGCUACUUAUUAGUUACGUAAUGUUCAUGUAUGGAUCUCCCAGUUAUGCUACGUAUUAGUUAUGUAA